AUGGGUGCACUCCUCUCGAUUCCAGUGCUAUCAUAUCUGCUGAUACCGUCCAUGUCUUCGUAUGGAACGAGCCUGAACCUGAUCUUCUUCUACCUCACAUGGACGACACUCGUUCUCUCCCACGGCCCGUUGAAAGUUGAGCUUGUCGGUACUACGGCCGUCCGAUUGAUAUUUUACCUCAUACCGUCCGUCCUGUUCUUCUUAUUCGAUAUCCUAAUUCCCUCUGCCUCGGUGGUGUUGAAGGUAUACGGCAAAGACGGCCUGCCACAAGGGAAGAAGAAGAAAUAUGGCAGUUCGGAGCUUAAGGUGGCUGGCUGGGCUAUAUUCAAUUUGAUUCUGGGCAUAGCAGUACAGGGACUUAUUGAAUUUGUUCUGACGAGAGUACUGGGGGUGAAGAGUCGGCUGAAAGUGACGACGAAGCUGCCUCUGCCGUGGGAUAUUAUCAAGGGAGUGGGGAGGGCGCUGAUAAUUCGGGAGGUAUGUUUACAAGCUGCUCUUCAUAGACGGCCAAAGACUGACGUCUUAUCCAGAUACUGCAAUACCUUGUUCAUCGCUAUGCUCUGCAUUCAUGGACACCCUUCCAGCAAUAUCAUAACGACUGGUACCAUUCGAUACACACUCCGUACCCGCUAA